AUGCCGGGUGGAUAUAAAGGGGAGUGUGGGGACGAUGUGGACCCCAUGCCGUUCCUGGUUCCCUCAGAGAAGGAGCGGCUGGAUGCCAUGAAUAAACCAUACGACAUCAAGCGCUCCUGCUGGGUCAAAGACGAGAAGGAGGCUUUUAUCGCUGGGGAGAUUCAGUCUGAAGAUGGGGACAAAGUCACCAUCAAGACCACCAAGAACACAACUGUGACUGUGAGGAAGGAUGACGUUCAGCAGAUGAACCCUCCUAAGUUCUACCAAGCCAGCGACAUGGCCAACCUCACCUUCCUCAACGAGGCCAGCGUCAUGGAAAACCUGCGCAGCCGCUACGUCAACAUGAGGAUCUAUACCUACUCAGGCCUCUUCUGCGUGACGAUCAACCCGUACAAAUGGCUUCCCAUCUACGGCGCCAAAGUGGCCCAGAUAUACAAGGGGAAGAAACGCAACGAGGUUCCUCCUCACCUCUUCUCCAUCUCCGACAACGCUUACCACGACAUGCUGAUGGAGCACGAGAACCAGUCGAUGCUGAUCACCGGAGAAUCUGGUGCUGGAAAGACUGAGAACACUAAGAAGGUCAUCCAGUACUUCGCUAAUGUUGGAGCCUCCGGCAGCAAAGUGUCGGACUCCAAGGGGUCUCUGGAGGACCAGAUCAUUCAGGCUAACCCGGUGCUGGAGGCGUUCGGCAACGCCAAGACCAUCAGGAACAACAACUCGUCCCGCUUUGGGAAGUUCAUUCGUAUCCACUUCGGGCCGACAGCGAAGCUGGCCGGCGCCGAUAUUGAGUCUUAUCUGCUCGAGAAAUCCAGAGUGAUUUCCCAGCAGGCGGCUGAGAGAGGAUACCACAUCUUCUACCAGCUCCUCUCUGGCAGGAAGCCCGAGCUCAUGGGCGCUCUGCUGCUGAGUCCAGACCCCAAGCAGUACGUGUGGGUGUGUCAGGGCGUCACGGUGGUCGACAACAUGGACGACGGAGAGGAGCUGAUGCUCACUGAUGUGACCUUUGAUGUCCUGGGCUUCACUCCUGAGGAGAAGAUGAGCGUGUACAAGCUGACCGGAGGCAUAAUGCACUUCGGCAACAUGAAGUUCAAACAGAAAGCCAGAGAGGAGCAGGCUGAUGUGGAUUCCACCGAGGUGGCGGACAAAGUCGCUCACCUCAUGGCCGUCAACUCUGGGGAGCUGCAGAAGGGCAUCACACGCCCCAGGGUCAAGGUUGGCAACGAGUUUGUGACCAAAGGUCAGAACCAGGCCCAGUGCGUGUACUCCAUCGGUGCUCUGGCUAAAGCCAUCUACGACCGGAUGUUCAAGUGGAUGGUGACCCGGAUCAAUAAGACCCUGGACACCAAGAUGCAGCGGCAGUACUUCAUAGGAGUGCUGGACAUCGCCGGGUUCGAGAUCUUCGAGUUCAACAGCUUCGAGCAGCUGUGCAUCAACUUCACCAACGAGAAGCUGCAGCAGUUCUUCAACCACCACAUGUUCGUGCUGGAGCAAGAGGAAUACAAGAAGGAGGGAAUCGACUGGGUCUUCAUCGACUUCGGCCUCGACCUGCAGGCGUGUAUCGACCUGCUGGAGAAGCCCAUGGGCAUCUUCUCCAUCCUGGAGGAGCAGUGUGUGUUUCCGAAGGCGACAGAUUCGACCUUUAAAGCAGCUCUGCACGACAACCACCUGGGCAAGUCCUCAAACUUCCUGAAGCCGAAAGGCGGGAAGAAAGGAGCCGAGGCUCACUUUGAACUGGUGCACUACGCCGGCACAGUGGGCUACAACAUCGCCGGCUGGCUGGAGAAGAACAAAGACCCUCUGAACGAGACGGUGGUGGGACUCUUCCAGAAGUCCUCCAUGCCUCUGCUGGCUCUGCUCUUCAAAGAGGAGGAGGCCGCCGCAGGAACCAAGAAGCAGAAGAAAGGCUCGUCCUUCCAAACCGUCUCCAACUUCUACAGGGAACAACUGAACAAGCUGAUGAGCACCCUGCGAAGCACCGCUCCUCACUUCGUCCGCUGCAUCGUGCCCAACGAGUUCAAGAAGUCAGGCGUUACAGACAACCACCUGAUCCUGCACCAGCUGGCCUGUAACGGCGUCCUAGAGGGCAUCCGCAUCUGCAGGAAGGGAUUCCCCAACAGACUACAGUACCCAGAAUUCAAACAGAGAUACUAUAUCCUCAACCCCAACGUCAUCCCUAAGGGAUUCGUCGACAACAAGAAGGCGUCUGAGCUCAUCCUCAGCUCCAUCGGUCUGGAUAACAUGGAGUACCGCAUCGGCCACAGCAAGGUGUUCUUCCGUGCGGGCGUCCUGGCGAAGCUGGAGGACAUGCGCGACGAGCGGCUGGCGAAGAUCAUAACCAUGCUGCAGGCUCAGCUGAGAGGAACCCUAAUGAGGGUUGAGUUUAAGAAGAUGGAAGACAGACGAAUUGCACUGAUGGCCAUCCAGCGCAACGUGAGGAAGUUCCUUCAGUUGCGCUUCUGGGGCUGGUGGAAACUCUACACUAAGGUGAAGCCCCUGCUGAUGGUCGCCCGUCAGGAGGAGACCUUCAAGGCCAAGGAGGAGGAGCUGAGGGUGGCGGUGGAGAAGGUCAAGGAGCUGGAGGGAAAGAUCAAAGAUCUUGAGGGGAAGAUGUUCACUCUGUCUCAGGAGAAGAAUGACCUGGCGCUGGCGCUGGCCGCAGAGCAGGACACGCUGGGAGACGCCGAGGAGCGCUGCACCCAGCUGAUGCGCCAAAAGGUGCAGCUGGAGGAGUCAGUGCAGGAUCUGCGUGAGCGGCUGGAGGAGGAAGAGGGCAACACAGCCUCCCUCCAUGGCCAGAGGAGGCAGCUGGAGGGGGAGCUGAACGAGCUCAAGAGGGACCUGGAGUCUCUGGAAUCCACGCUGGCCAGGACGGAGAAGGAGAAACAGGGUCUGGACUUCAAGGUGCGGACUCUGACGGGUGACCUGAACCAGAGGGACGAUCAUGUGGCCAAGCUGCAGAAGGAAAAGAGAGCUCUGGAGGAACUGCAACAGAAAACUGUGGAGGAUCUCCAGACAGAAGAAGACAAAGUGAAUCAUCUAACUAAGACCAACAGCAAGCUCAACAGCCAAGUGAACGAGCUGGAGGACAGCUGGGAGCAGGAGAAGAGGAUCAGGGCGGAGGUGGAGAAAGCGAGGAGGAAGGCAGAGGGAGACCUGAAGAUGACCAUCGAGAACCUGAAUGAGAUGGAGAACGCAAAGAUCGACCUGGAGGAGGUCAUCAAGAAGAGAGAUUUUGAGAUCAACAACAUGAACUCGAAGCUGGAGGACGAACAGGCUCUCAGCUCCAUGCUCAGCCGCAAGCUCAAAGAGCACCAGGGCCGCAUCGAGGAGCUGGAGGAGGAGCUGGAAGCUGAGCGAGCCAUGAGAGCCAAGGUGGAGAAGCAGAGGGCGGAGCUGUCACGUGAUCUGGAGGAUCUCAGUGAUAGGCUGGAAGAGGCGGGAGGAGCCACCGUCACCCAGAUCGAGCAGAACAGGAAGCGGGAGACGGACCUGCUGAAGCUGAGGCGGGAGCUGGAGGAGGCGGCGCUCCAAUCGGAGGCCACGGCGGCGGGGCUAAGGAAGAAGCACUCGGACGCGAUGGCGGAGCUGGGCGAGCAGCUGGAGAACCUGACCAGGCUGAAAGUCAAACUGGAGAAGGACAAACUGAGCAUGAGGGCGGAGAUCGAAGACCUCAACGUCACCGUGGAGACCACGCAGAAAGCAAAGAUGAACUCGGAGGCCCACGCCCAUAAGCUGGAGGACAACCUGGCGGAGGCCAACGCUCGCCUGGCGGAGAUGGAGCGAACUCAGACCGAGCUCAGCACGACCAAAAUCCAUCUGACAGCGGAGAACAAUGAUCUGAGCCGGGAGCUGGAGGACGUGCAGAGCAAGCUGACCCAGGUGACCAGGCUGAAGGCCUCGCUCACCUCGCAGAUCGAUGAGCUCAAGAGACAGGUGGAUGAGGAGAACAAGGGUCGUAACACGGCGGUGGUGGCCCUGGCCAACGCCCGCCACGACCUCUCCCUGCUGAAGGAGCAGCUGGAGGAGGAGUCGGAGGGCCGCGGGGAGCUGCAGCGCCUCGUGUCUAAGCUCAACGCCGACGUCACCUCCUGGAGGAGCAAGUAUGAGACGGACGCCAUCCACCGCACCGAGGAGCUGGAGGAGACCAAGCGCAAACUGGCAGCGCGUCUCCAGGAGGCUGAGGAGGCGGCGGAGGCGGCCCAGGCCCGAGCUGCCAGCUUGGAGAAGGUCAAGCAGAGGCUGCAGGGGGAGGUGGAGGACCUCACCAUAGACCUGGAGAAGUCCAACGCGGCGGCGGCGGCUCUGGAUAAGAAGCAGCGCGUGUUCGACAAGCUGGCGGCCGAGUGGAGCCAGAAGAACGAGGAGCUGCAACUGGAGCUGGACAACAGCCAGAGGGAGAGUCGCUCCUACAUGACGGAGCUCUACAAGCUGAAGACGGCCUACGAGGAGAGCCAGGAUCACGUGGAGACCGUCCGCAAGGAGAACAAAACCCUCUCAGAGGAGAUCAAGGAGUUGGUCGACCAGCUGGGUGAAGGAGGCCGCAGCGUCCACGAGCUGCAGAAGGCCAGGAAGAAACUGGAGGUGGAGAAGGAGGAGCUGCAGCUGGCCCUGGAGGAGGCUGAAGCUUCACUGGAGGUGGAGGAAGGUAAGCUGGUACGUGUGCAGCUGGAGCUGGCUCAAGUCAAGGCCGACAUCGACCGCAGAAUCCACGAGAAGGAGGAGGAGUUUGAAGUCACCAGGAAGAACCAUGCGCGUGCGGUGGAGUCGCUGCAGGCCAGUCUGGAGGCGGAGGCCAAAGGUCGCGCCGAGGCUCUGCGGAUGAAGAAGAAGAUGGAGGGAGACCUGAACGAGAUGGAGAUUCAGCUGGAGCACGCCAACAGGAACAACGCUGAGCUGGUCAAAACCCUCAAGAAGCUGCAGCAGCAGAUCAAAGAUCUGCAGGUGCAGAUGGAUGAGGACGCCCGUCAGCACGAGGAGCUGAGGGAGAAGUACAGCCUCCAGGAGCGCCGUCUGUGUCUCAUGCAGGGGGAGAUGGAGGAGCUGAGAGGAGGCCUGGAGGCGUCGGAGAGGGCCCGCAAACUAAUCGAGCAGGAGCUGGUGGACGUCACCGAGCGGUUCAGUGAGAUCAACAUGCACAACCAAAGUCUGACGAUCCUGAAGAGAAAGCUGGAGGCCGACCUCGCCCGACUCUCCACCGAGAACGAGGAGCUGAUCUCAGAGUUUCGCGCCGCCGACGAGAGAGCCAAGAAGGCCGUGACUGACGCGACGCGGCUGUGCGAGGAGCUUCGGCAGGAGCAGGACCGGAGCGCCCACCUGGAGAAGGUCAAGAAGAACCAGGAGCAGAACCUCAGAGACCUCACACUGAGGCUGGAGGAGGCGGAGCAGCAGGCGCUGAAGGCGGGAAAACGCACCAUCCAGAAACUGGAAACCAAGAUCAAGGAGCUGGAGAACGAGCUGGACCAGGAGCAGAAGCGCCACGUGGAGACGGUGAAAAGCCUCCGUAAGGGAGAGCGACGACUCAAGGAGCUGAUCUUCCAGACGGAGGAGGACCACAAGACCAACCAGCGCAUGCAGGAGCUGGUGGAGAAACUCCAGAACAAGCUCAAGUGCUACAAACGGCAGAUCGAGGACGCUGAGGAGCAGGCCAACAGCAGCCUGUCCAAGUACAGGAAGACGGUCCACGAGCUGGACGACGCGGAGGAGCGCGCAGAAAUGGCGGAGAUGGCCCUGAAUAAAAUGAGAACCAGGAACAGAGCCUCGACCAAGAAGGGCUUCACCUCGGUGGAGAUCGUCCAGGUCACCAAGCCCGGCGGCGGAGGACAGGACGGGUAGAGGGGAGCCGACACACACACAUUGCUAGCAGAGCGACACACACUCAUUCAGCCCUCCAGAGGACGCAGCACUGAGGACGUGAGCAAGAAGAAAG